UUUCCGUUUUGUUGGAUGAAAAACAAGAAUAAGGAGCUGUUAUAAGAUGUCACAACAACAGCAUUAUUACGAUGAUUCGUAUGGAGGGCAGAAUGGAGGGUAUUAUGGGGAGCAUAGUUAUGAUAAUACGGGGUUUAAUAAUGGUUCUUAUGGAUCGGGAGUGUAUGAGCAACAGGGGGGGUAUUAUGGACCGGAAUAUGGACAAGAAUAUUAUGAUGAGUAUGAUGGAGGGGGUGCUAUGUAUAAUGGACAAGGGCAUGAGAUGUAUAAUAGUGGGGAGGAAGGAUAUUAUCGUCAGGAGGAGGGGUAUUAUGAUUAUCCUCAAGAUGGAUAUGUUGGAGAUACGUAUGAUGCGUAUGGGGUGCCUAUGGUUGAUCAACGUUCUAUGCCGUAUUUCCAAGGACAAGAUGAAUAUUAUAUGUAUGAUCGUAAAGGAAAGCGUAGAGGGUCAUCCGAGGCAUCGGAGACGUUUUCGGAUUUUACGAUGCGAUCGGACAUGGUUCGAGCGGCGGAAUAUGAUUCGUAUGGACGAUUUGACGAGCGAUAUCGGUCGUAUGAGCCUAGUACGGAAUCGUUGAAUCAAAUGGCAUCACGACAACGUGGAUAUCGUCCGGAUUCUCAAAUAUCGUAUACGGGAAAUCGAUCAUCGGGAGCAAGUACGCCAAUUUACGGUAUGUACUAUAAUCAAGCGGCUAUGAUGACGUCAGCGAGAUCUCGUGAGCCUUACCCAGCAUGGACAGCGGAAAAUCAAAUACCCAUUUCUAAAGAAGAAAUAGAGGAUAUAUUUAUCGAUCUUACGAAUAAAUUUGGGUUUCAAAGGGAUUCCAUGCGAAACAUGUAUGAUCAUAUGAUGGUACUUUUGGAUUCACGUGCCAGUCGAAUGACGCCGAAUCAAGCAUUGUUAUCUCUUCAUGCGGAUUAUAUUGGUGGGGAUAAUGCGAAUUACAGGAAUUGGUAUUUCGCGGCACAAUUUGAUUUAGAUGAUGCAGUAGGAUUUUCUAAUAUGGAUCUUGAUAAGAAUAGAAAAUCGAAUUAUUCACAAAAGUCUUCGAAAAAAUUUCAAAAAAAUUCAGCAUCAAAAAGUAUUCUACAAGCAUUGGAUGGGGAUAAUUCCUUGGAAUCUGCGAUAUAUCGAUGGAAGACUAGAUGCACUCAAAUGAGUCAAUAUGAUAGGGCUAGAGAAUUAGCCCUUUAUUUGCUUUGUUGGGGUGAGGCGAAUCAAGUUCGUUUUACACCUGAAUGCCUUUGUUUCAUUUUCAAAUGUGCUAAUGAUUAUCUGAAUUCUCCACAAUGUCAAGCAAUGGUCGAGCCGGCACCCGAAGGAUCCUAUCUUAACGAUGUUAUUACACCCCUUUAUGCAUAUAUGCGUGAUCAAGGCUAUGAAAUCAUUAAUGGCAGAUAUGUUCGUCGUGAGCGUGAUCAUAAUAAAAUCAUUGGUUAUGAUGAUAUUAACCAAUUGUUUUGGUAUCCAGAGGGCAUUCAACGUAUCGUCCUUUCUGAUAAAACUCGUAUGGUUGAUUUACCCUUGGAUCAGAGGUAUCCCAGGUUUAAAGAUGUAGUAUGGAAGAAAGCAUUUUUUAAAACUUAUCGCGAAACUCGGAGCUGGUUUCAUUUAUUCACUAAUUUUAAUCGAAUCUGGAUUAUUCAUAUAACCGUAUAUUGGUUUUACACUGCAGCAAAUUCACCAACCGUUUAUACUCAUAAUUAUCAGCAAUCGCUCGAUAAUCAACCACCUUUUGCCUAUCGUAUGAGUGCCGUUGGUUUUGGCGGGGGUGUUGCUUCAUUAUUAAUGAUUGUUGCCACAUUGGCCGAAUGGGCAUAUGUUCCUCGAAAAUGGCCUGGCGCUCAGCAUUUAACUAGGCGUUUAUUAUUCCUUAUCCUAUUUUUCAUUAUCAAUGUUGCACCUGGUGUAUAUGUAAUAAAAUUUGCUCCAUGGAAACCGAAUGUUAGCAUUGUCACAACACUCAUAAGUAUUAUGCACUUUUUGAUUGCAAUCUUUACAUUUUUAUUUUUUGCAAUCAUGCCUUUAGGGGGUUUGUUUGGGAAUUAUUUAUAUAAAAAAACACGACGUUAUGUUGCAAGUCAAACUUUUACCGCUAAUUUUGCUAAAUUGAAAGGUAACGACUUAUGGCUUAGCUAUGGUCUUUGGAUAGCCGUGUUUGCUUGCAAAUUUGCAGAAUCCUAUUUCUUCUUGUCUCUUUCUUUGAGAGAUCCUAUUAGGUAUCUUAACACAAUGACUAUAGGUCAUUGUGGUAUUCGGUAUCUUGGUUCUUCGCUUUGUCCAUAUCAAGCCAAGAUCACUCUUGGAAUAAUGUAUAUCACUGAUCUGGUAUUAUUCUUUUUAGACACGUAUUUAUGGUAUAUCAUUUGGAAUACUAUUUGUUCAGUCGCUAGGUCAUUUUAUUUGGGAGUUUCUAUAUGGACACCUUGGCGGAAUAUAUUCUCAAGAAUGCCGAAAAGGAUUUAUUCUAAGAUUCUGGCUACAAAUGAUAUGGAAAUAAAAUAUAAACCUAAAGUUCUUAUUUCACAAGUUUGGAAUGCCGUUGUUAUAUCGAUGUAUCGUGAACAUCUUCUUGCAAUUGAUCAUGUUCAAAAGUUAUUAUAUCAUCAGGUUCCUUCUGAACAAGAGGGAAAAAGAACGUUAAGGGCGCCAACAUUUUUCAUAUCACAAGAGGAUCAUUCUUUUAAAACGGAGUUUUUUCCUUCACAUAGUGAAGCAGAACGUCGUAUUUCGUUUUUCGCUCAAUCUCUUUCUACUCCGAUUCCUGAACCCCUUCCUGUCGAUAAUAUGCCUACGUUUACCGUUCUUGUUCCUCAUUAUGGAGAAAAGAUUUUAUACUCUUUAAGGGAGAUUAUUCGUGAGGAUGAUCAAUUAUCAAGAGUGACAUUGCUGGAAUAUCUUAAACAAUUGCAUCCUGUAGAAUGGGAUUGUUUUGUUAAGGAUACCAAGAUAUUAGCCGAAGAGACUUCACUUUAUAAUGGAGGAGUUCCUUUUGAUAAAGAUGAAAAGGAUACGGUGAAAAGCAAGAUCGAUGAUUUACCCUUUUAUUGUGUUGGAUUUAAAUCUUCUGCGCCAGAGUAUACAUUAAGGACACGUAUUUGGGCAUCAUUACGUUCUCAAACUUUAUACAGAACUGUUUCUGGAUUUAUGAAUUAUUCACGUGCUAUUAAGCUUCUUUAUCGUGUUGAAAAUCCUGAUGUUGUUCAAAUGUUCGGUGGAAAUACUGAUAAAUUGGAACAUGAAUUAGAAAGGAUGGCACGUAGGAAAUUCAAAUUUGUCAUAUCAAUGCAACGGUUCUUCAAAUUUAGUAAAGAAGAAUUGGAGAAUACGGAAUUUCUUCUUCGUGCUUAUCCAGAUCUUCAAAUUGCAUAUUUGGAUGAAGAGCCUCCGAUGAACGAAGGAGAUGAACCGAAAAUAUACUCUUCCUUGAUCGAUGGUUAUUCGGAAAUUAUGGAAAAUGGUAAACGACGACCAAAGUUUAGAAUUCAAUUAUCUGGUAAUCCUAUUCUUGGCGAUGGUAAAAGUGAUAAUCAGAAUCAUGCGAUUAUAUUUUAUCGUGGGGAAUACAUUCAACUCAUUGACGCUAAUCAAGACAAUUAUCUGGAAGAAUGUUUAAAGAUUCGUUCGGUUUUAGCCGAAUUUGAAGAAAUGACUCCUACAGAGGAGUCACCGUAUAAUCCAAAUGAAAUUUCGAGUGCUACUAAUCCAGUGGCUAUUUUAGGCGCUCGAGAAUACAUUUUUUCAGAAAAUAUAGGUGUUUUGGGUGACGUAGCUGCAGGGAAAGAACAAACUUUUGGAACAUUGUUUGCACGUACUUUAGCACAGAUCGGCGGAAAGCUUCAUUAUGGUCAUCCUGAUUUCUUGAAUGGUCCUUUUAUGACUACUAGAGGAGGUGUUUCAAAGGCUCAAAAGGGUUUACACCUCAAUGAAGAUAUAUAUGCCGGCAUGACUGCAUUACUUAGAGGCGGUCGUAUUAAGCAUUGUGAAUAUUAUCAGUGUGGAAAAGGUCGUGAUCUUGGAUUCGGUUCUAUUCUAAAUUUCACUACAAAGGUUGGUACAGGAAUGGGUGAACAAAUGCUUUCUAGAGAAUAUUAUUAUCUUGGCACGCAACUUCCACUGGAUAGGUUUUUAUCGUUUUAUUAUGCGCAUCCUGGAUUUCAUAUCAAUAAUCUUUUUAUUAUUCUUUCGGUACAAUUACUCAUGAUUGUUAUGAUAAAUUUGGGAUCAAUGUAUAAUAUUUUGCUUAUAUGUAGGCCUCGUCGAGGACAACCUAUAACAGAUCCAUAUCUUCCGGUGGGAUGUUAUUCUAUUGCUCCUGUACUUGAUUGGAUAAAGCGUAGUAUUAUUUCUAUAUUUAUCGUUUUCUUUAUUGCAUUUAUACCCUUGGUUGUUCAAGAAUUGACUGAAAGGGGAGUAUGGAGGGCUUCUACACGGCUUGCCAAACAUUUUGGUUCUUUAUCUCCUUUAUUCGAAGUGUUUGUUUCUCAAAUCUAUGCCAAUUCUUUGCUUCAAAAUCUUGCAUUCGGUGGUGCUCGAUAUAUUGGAACUGGUCGUGGAUUUGCCACUACUAGAAUUCCAUUUUCAAUUCUUUUUUCAAGAUUUGCUGGCGCAUCUAUAUACUUGGGUUCUCGUACCCUUAUUAUGCUUUUAUUUGCGACGGUUACAAUGUGGAUACCUCAUUUAGUGUACUUUUGGGUUUCAGUAUUGGCCCUUUGUAUAUCUCCAUUUAUCUUUAAUCCACAUCAAUUUUCAUGGACAGAUUUUUUCGUGGAUUAUAGGGAAUUCAUUCGUUGGUUAUCUCGUGGUAAUUCUAGAUCACACGCAAAUUCUUGGAUUGGUUAUUGUCGUUUAUCUAGAACUAGGAUAACCGGGUUUAAACGAAAAGCACUCGGGCAACCAUCAGAAAAGCUUUCAGGAGAUAUUCCUAGAGCCGGAUUUAGUAAUGUUUUUUUUAGCGAAGUUAUUGGGCCAAUGAUCUUGGUACUUUUAUCACUUGUUCCAUAUUGUUUUAUAAAUUCACGGCCUGGAUUUGAGCCAUUCGGUAAAUCAAAUCCCGCUAAAAAUGGAUCAAAUCCUUUGAUCCGUAUUGCAAUUGUGUCAUUUGCGCCGAUCUGUGUUAAUGCAAUGGUUGCCUUUGUGUUUUUCGGUAUGGCGUGCUGUAUGGGUCCAAUUUUAACUAUUUGUUGCAAGAAAUUUGGAGCUGUUUUAGCGACUAUUUCUCACGCAAUAGCUGUAAUAAUCUUGGUGACAUUUUUUGAAGUUUUAUGGUUUUUAGAAGGAUGGUCUUUCUCUAAAACUAUUUUAGGAUUAGUUACUAUGAUAUCUCUUCAACGAGCUUUCUUAAAGAUAUUAACAAUAAUGAUUCUUACUCGUGAAUUUAAGCAUGAUGGGUCCAAUUUGGCAUGGUGGACGGGACGAUGGUAUAGUAAUAAUUUAGGUGUUUAUGCUAUGUCUCAACCUGCCCGAGAAUUUGUUUGCAAAGUUAUUGAGUUAUCUCUUUUUUCUGCUGAUUUUUGCCUUGGACAUUUAUUGUUAUUUAUUCUAACACCUAUAUUGGCUAUACCUUAUAUUGAUCGCUGGCAUUCUAUGCUUCUAUUUUGGCUUCGACCUUCUCGACAAAUUCGACCACCUAUAUUUUCAUUGAAACAAAAUAAGCUUCGAAAAAGGAUUGUUCGUCGAUAUGCGACUUUGUUCUUUGGUCUUUUUUUACUUUUUCUUAUGAUUAUUCUUGUUCCAGCUCUAGGGCAUUCUAAAUUUCCAAAAUCUCUUAAUAAUAUUGCUUUUCUUAAAAACUUGGGACUUAUUCAGCCUUCUAAUGAUCCAAGAGGCGCUACCGGUAGAACCACUAGGCCAGGAAAUUCCAAUGGAACCUAUAAAUUGUUUAUAUACUAACAAUUAUUCAAAAAAAUAUUCAAAUUUUUAUGACUAAUUCUGAUUC